GAAAGAAGACUGGCAUCUAUAGACUUCUACCGACCAAAACACAGCCGCACAGAAGCAGAAAUGAUACCAAAAACGGUAAUCAUCGAAAACCCAAGUCGGCCAUUGUUGUAUCUCUUCCUUUCUCUUUAUGAGAAGAUAUUUCCAAGAUUGGGAAGAUGGAAAAUGAAAGGGAAAAUAAAGAAAAAAGAAAAAAAGAAAAAAGAAAAGAAAAGCUCAAAGGAGAAUUUGGGCAACGUGAGCUCUGGAUCAUCCACGUGGCAUGAUAUCAGUGGUUAGGUGCUUUUGACAGGGGUUGUUUUCUCUAGCUGCCUUUCUUUCUCUCUCAUGCGCUGCCAUGUCAGAAGUGUAAACCCCGUUCCAUGACCCUGGCUAAUUUCGCAUUGUAUGCUUCUCUCUCUAAAAGAACACCUUCUCUCUCUAAAGGGAUUGAUCAUAUCUCUCUUAUAUAGCCUUGAGUGUCUUUCUCUAUUUAUUUUCAUUUGUUGGCGUGUGGGUGUCUACCUAUUUUGUUCUCUCUCUUCCUCGUAUCUCUCAUAUGCCUCUUGUGCUUCCAUGCCCUAAUUUCUCUGCAUAUCCUCUUCCCACUGUUUUUCUAUCAAUCUCUUAAUAUUUCAGAAUACAACACACUCUGUAUUGAUUUUGGAUUCUCAACAAAGUUCCAAAUGUAAUGCAGAGGAUUGAGAUAUGAAGGAUAGUGGUUCAACUGCUAGCAAAAUGAUAAACAGAAACUGGGUCUUGAAGCGCAAGCGGAAAAAGCUUUUGUAUGGACGAGUCAUUACCAAUAGUAAGGAAGAGAAGUUAGCAGUCCUGGAAUCUCCGAGGAAUACUUCUGCUGCUAAAUGCAGGCCAAGGAAUGAAUUAUGUUCUGAUUUAUCUUCAUCCAAGAAGAAAGGAAAUGAUGGGUAUUACUAUGAAUGUGUGAUCUGUGACGUUGGUGGCAACUUGUUGUGUUGUGAUAGCUGUCCCCGAGUCUAUCAUCUUCAGUGCCUUGAUCCGCCUCUUAAGCGCAUUCCAAUGGGGAAGUGGCAAUGCCCCAAGUGCUGUCAAAAGAGUGAUCCGCUUAAGUCCAUUACCCAACUGGAUUCCAUUUCAAAACGGGCAAGAACAAAAAUUGUUAUGACAAAUUCUAGGACUGCAGUUAGGUCAUCUGACACUGACAAUGUAUCCCGGAUUUUUGGAAGCUCCAUUCUCUCCAAACGAAGGCCCUCCAGCAAAGGGAAAUCAGUGUUAAAUUUUGGAGUUAAGUCCCAUGAAAAGGAACCAGAUUCUUAUAUGGAUUUAUCUAGGAGCACCAAGCCAAGUGAUCCAUCCCUUGGUGUUUCUAUAGAGUGUACCUCAUCGUGUGUGAAUGCUGAUGAUGCAAAGAAACCUGACUUGUCUCCACCUGAAUCACCUGCAGACAAGAAGUCAAUUUCUCUUGCUGAGGAAACUUUGUCUCAUUCUAAACUUACAAAAUCUAGGCCAAAUGGUGAAGCAUCUGAUGGAAAACAUGACUUGUCUUGUAAUAGUGGAUAUCCAAGAAAGAAAAUUGUACUUGCAAUAGGUGCUGCCACUGAGAAAGAUAAAAAAAGAAAACGUGAAGGCCCUAAUGGGGACAGCAUAAAGAAGCAUAGGACUGACAAGGGUAAAGCUAAACAUACUUCUAAGAAGUUGGGAUCUAAAGGCAAUAAUUCAACCUCUGGGAGUAGUAAAUUGCACCAGAAAAAGAAAACUGUUACUCAUGUGGUUUCUGUAUCUUUAUCAAAGAAUGAUGUUAGAACAAAGAGCUUAGAUGCACAUGCACUGGGAAAGAAUGAGAAGCUUCCUGGGGAACUUGUGCACCCAUUAGAUGAAUCUGGUAAAGCUGGGGUUGAUGUGGAUGAAACACGAAUAUGUGAAGAUAUUAUCCUAGAACUUCAACAGGUUGAUCGGGUUUUGGGAUGUCGAAUUCAUGGUGAUAAUUCAAGUUCUUCACGAAUCUCUUUGAUUGCCACAGAUGACCUGCCUUCUGAGGAAUUGGUUAUUCGAGAAACACAAAAUAGAGAGGAAAAUUCUAAUUUUGAUAUUGAUACAGAUGUAGCAGUUACUGAAAAUCUUGCAGGAGACUCUUCUGGCAUCAAUCAAAGUUUUGACUGGGGAGAAAGCAUGAAGAAUGACAUGAGAGUGGAUAAAAUACAUGUAUAUAAAAGAUCUGCUAUUAAAGAUUAUAAAGGAGAAAAUGCCAAGGAUUUAGCAGGGAAAGAUGACGAGGAUUCAAAUUCUGAAGGCCUAAAUAGUAAAGAUCAAGAUGAGUCGGCAGAAAGUAUAGAAGAUUCUGUAAAACAGCAUGAAAAGGUUCUGGCAGAGAACGUUGAUGUUUCAUUGAAAAGUCAAGGUGUGAUUGAAGUUUCCAAAGACUGUGAAGCACAUUUAUCUCCUGAAACCAAAGUCAGAGAAGAAGCAGAUAUGGAAAUGAUAAUCAAUGGUGGUGGUGAAAAUAAAUUUCAGGAGCCUGCCAAGAUGGAACCUGCAUGUACAAAUGGGGAGACAACAUCAUAUGAAUUCUUAGUUAAAUGGGUAGGGAAAUCUCAUAUACACGAUAGUUGGAUUUCUGAAUCUCAGCUGAAAGUUCUUGCAAAGAGAAAACUAGAAAAUUACAAGGCAAAGUAUGGAACAACUGUGAUAAACAUAUGUGAAGAAAAGUGGAAGCAGCCUCAGCGUAUAAUAGCUCUCCGUGCUUCCAGGGAUGGCACACAGGAUGCUUUUGUAAAAUGGACUGGUCUUCCUUAUGAUGAAUGCACUUGGGAAAGAUUGGAUGAACCUGUUCUGUUAAAAUCUCGAUAUUUGAUUGAUGUGUUUGAUCAAUUGGAAAAACAAACACUGGUAAAAGAUGCCAUGGGGAAUGAUCUGAUGAAGGGCAGGGGUGAUGGUCAUCAAAAUGAGAUUGUUUCUCUCACGGAGCAACCUAAGGAACUGAAAGGAGGUGCCUUGUUUCCCCAUCAGCUUGAAGCAUUGAAUUGGUUGCGUAAAUGCUGGCAUAAGUCCAAAAAUGUGAUCCUUGCUGAUGAGAUGGGGCUUGGGAAAACAGUAUCUGCUUGUGCUUUUAUUUCAUCACUAUAUUUUGAGUUUAAAGCUUCUUUGCCUUGUCUGGUCUUAGUUCCACUUUCCACAAUGCCUAACUGGCUUGCUGAGUUUGCAUUGUGGGCUCCUAACUUAAAUGUUGUGGAAUAUCAUGGGUGUGCAAAAGCAAGGGCCUUAAUUCGCCAAUAUGAGUGGCAUGCUAGUGAUCCAAAUGAGAUGAAUAAGAAAACUGCUGCAUGCAAAUUUAAUGUUCUUUUAACUACUUAUGAAAUGGUUCUUGCUGACUCCUCCUAUUUGCGUGGAGUUCCCUGGGAAGUGCUUGUGGUUGAUGAGGGCCACCGUCUAAAGAAUUCAGGAAGUAAGCUGUUCAGCUUGCUGAAUACAUUCUCUUUUCAACAUCGUGUUCUCUUGACUGGUACCCCUCUUCAAAAUAACAUUGGUGAGAUGUACAAUUUACUUAAUUUUUUACAGCCGGCUUCAUUUCCUUCUCUAUCUUUGUUUGAGGAGAAAUUUAAUGAUCUUACAACUGCGGAAAAAGUGGAGGAAUUGAAAAAGCUUGUUGCUCCACAUAUGCUUCGACGGCUUAAAAAGGAUGCCAUGCAAAAUAUUCCUCCCAAGACAGAACGAAUGGUUCCUGUUGAGUUGACUUCUAUCCAAGCUGAAUACUAUCGUGCAAUGCUAACAAAGAACUAUCAGGUAUUACGAAAUAUUGGAAAAGGGGUUGCUCAGCAAUCAAUGCUGAAUAUUGUAAUGCAGUUGAGAAAGAUUUGCAAUCAUCCUUAUCUCAUACCAGGUACGGAGCCUGAUUCUGGGUCAGUAGAAUUCCUUCAUGAAAUGCGAAUAAAAGCUUCGGCCAAGCUCACUCUACUGCAUUCAAUGCUAAGAGCAUUAUAUAAGGAAGGUCAUAGAGUUCUUAUUUUCUCGCAGAUGACCAAACUUCUGGAUAUUCUUGAAGAUUAUUUAACUGUAGAGUUUGGGCCCAAAACAUAUGAGAGAGUAGACGGAUCUGUAUCUGUCUGUGAUCGUCAGGCAGCAAUUGCACGUUUCAACCAAGAUAAAAGCCGAUUCGUGUUCUUGUUAUCAACACGCUCAUGUGGCCUGGGAAUCAAUUUGGCAACUGCUGACACUGUCAUUAUUUAUGAUUCUGAUUUUAACCCACAUGCUGAUAUCCAAGCAAUGAACCGGGCACAUCGAAUUGGACAAUCUAAUAGACUUUUGGUGUAUCGACUUGUUGUUUGUGCCAGUGUUGAAGAGCGCAUCUUGCAGCUUGCUAAAAAGAAACUGAUGCUUGAUCAGCUUUUUGUGAAUAAGUCUGGAUCUCAGAAGGAAGUGGAAGAUAUUCUACGAUGGGGAUCAGAGGAACUUUUUAGUGAUUCUUUUACCAUGAAUGGGAAAGAUACUGGUGAAAGUAAUAGCAACAAAGAUGAGGCAGUAAUUGAUAUAGAGCAAAAGCUGAGGAAAAGGGGUGGUGGCCUUGGGGAUGUGUACAAGGAUAAAUGUACAGAUGGUGGCAACAAGAUUGUCUGGGAUGAAAACGCAAUUGCAAAAUUGCUUGACCGUUCAAACCUGCAGUCUGGGAUAGCUGAUGUUACUGAAAUGGAUUCUGAGAAUGAUAUGCUUGGAUCCGUAAAGUCUGUGGAAUGGAAUGAUGAAACAACAGAAGAGCAAGGUGGGGCUGAAUCACCUCCUGUUGUCGCUGAUGAUAUUUGUGGACAAAAUCUUGACAGGAAAGAGGAUAACAUGGUUAUUGCCACUGAAGAAAAUGAAUGGGACAGGCUUCUGCGCUCAAGAUGGGAGAAAUAUCAAAGUGAGGAAGAAGCAGCUCUUGGUCGAGGGAAACGCCAAAGGAAAGCUGUUUCUUACAGGGAAGCAUAUGCUCCACAUCCGAAUGAAACAUUGAGUGAGAGUGCUGGUGAAGAGGAACGGGAGCCAGAGCCAGAGCGUGAAUAUACCCCAGCUGGACGAGCACUGAAAGUGAAAUAUGCUAGGCUUCGUGCUAGACAAAAACGACGUCUUGCUCAGCGGAAUGCUAUUGAAGAAUGCCGCCUCAAUGAGGGUCUUCCUGUACCUGAUUCACUCACUCAGCCUCUAUGUCCUCUCACCAAUGAGAGAGACAAGGAUCGAACAAUGGAGUUAGUUCAACAGGUUGGAGAAAAAUCUUCAGUACUUGACUUGGAGGAUAAUAAAUUUCCCCAGCCAUUUGAUACACCAAAGAGCAAGGCUGACUCAACCUUAAGGCUGGGUCGGAUAUCAAAGCAUAGAAUGAGCAGUCAUCUGGAUCUUUCUGUUAAUUCUCUUGGUCACCCUUCUUCUGGCAUCAACCUUCCAAUUCCAAGUCAACAAAAUUGGGGCUCAAGCCAUGCAAACUACAACUUGUUACCAGUUCUGGGUCUAUGUGCUCCCAAUGCUAAUCAGUUGGAUUCAUCACACCGAAAUUCAUCAAGAUCCAAUAAUAGACAAAGCAAUCUAGCAACUGGACCCGAGUUUCCAUUUAGUCUACCUUCAUCUGGAACCUUGAUUGAGACAGAUUUAAAAAGGCAGGAAAUUACCCCAGACAAAUCAAAAUAUAAAGAUCCAUCAGCAGAAGUCAUGCAAGAGCAUCUCAAAAGUACUUUGUCAGAUGGUUGGAUCCCAUUUAGUCCGGAAAAAAUGGUGCUUCCAAAUUUACCUUUUGAGGAGAAAUUGAUGCCCAGAUUCUCAAUUCCUGCUAAAAGCAUGCCAACUCCACACCCUGACUUAUUACCUAACUUAUCGCUUGGUGGCAGAUUUGAAGCUGUAAAUGAUUCUAUGCGAGACCUUCCAGCAAUGCCUUCGUUGCCCAAUUUGAAAUUCCCCUCUCAUGAUGCAGCAAUAUACAAUAAGCUAGACAAGGAAGUGCCUCCCAUUCUAGGUUUGGGUCAGAUACCAUCUACCUUUCCACCAUUUCCUGAAAACCAUAGGAAGGUACUUGAAAAUAUAAUGAUGAGAACUGGGUCUGGAUCAACUACCUUGUAUAGAAAGAAAUCAAAAAUAGAUGGCUGGUCUGAAGAUGAACUUGAUAUCCUGUGGAUUGGUGUUCGUAGACAUGGAAGAGGUAAUUGGGAUGCGAUGCUUAGAGACCCUAGGCUAAAAUUUUCCAAGAAUAGAACUACAGAAGAUUUGGCUGCUAGGUGGGAGGAGGAGCAACUGAAGAUCUUGGAUGUGCCAGCCUUCCCAGGCCCUAGGACAAUUAAGCUGACAAAAUCUUCCAAGUCAUCCUUGUUCCCCAGUAUUCCUGAAGGAAUGAUGGCACGGGCGUUGCAUGGUAAUCGACUUGUUACACCACCGAAGUUUCAGGCCCAUUUGACAGACAUGAAACUGGGCUUUGGUGACUUGUCUUCGAGUCUGCCGCAUUUUGAGCCGUCAGAUCAACUUAGUUUGCAGAAUGAGCAUUUUGGACCUAUUCCAACUUGGAAUCCUGACAAAUUUCACACAAAUUUUGCUGGAGAUGCAGGACCCUCUUCUUCAAGUGUUUCUAGUGAAAUGCCAUUCAUGCUCAAUUCAUUUGGAGCAAGCAACUUAGGCUCUCUGGGUUUGAAUGGCUGUAGCAACUUUGAUUUACGGCGGAGGCAGGAGGAACAUGGCAACAUGAAGUAUGGGAAGCUGCCCAGUCUUUUGGAUAGAUCAUUAAAUAUGUCGCGUGAUUCCCAAAUUAAUGAUGGAAAUGGCGAAUCUAGUAGUUCAGCUUUAUUCCCAGACCAUAAUAAUGGGAUAAAUAUUUCCCAUUCAAAGGGGAAAGAAGUAGUUGGAAGCAGUUCUUUGAAGAAUAAGUUACCCCAUUGGCUUAGGGAAGCUGUAAGUGCUCCUGCUAAACUGCCAGAAGCGGACCUGCCACCCACUGUAUCAGCUAUAGCUCAAUCAGUACGUGUAUUAUAUGGAGAAAAUAAGCCAACAAUUCCUCCUUUUGUUAUGCCACGUCCGCCUCCAUCCCAACCAAAGGAUCCAAGACGGACUCUGAAGAAGAAAAAGAAGCGGAGAUCACGUAUGCUCAGGCAGUUCCCGCAGGAUAUUGCAGGAAGCAUGCAUAAUUUUAAAAGCAGUGUUCAGGACAGUGGUGUUGCUUCAUCCUCUGGGCAUCUGGUCCCUACAUUCCAACCACCUCCACUCUUGGCUCCUGGAACUUCAGGACUUGAAUGGAGUGAAUCUGACCCAAAUUCUCGUUUUCCUAAUUUAAACAUGCUACACUCGCUAACAUCUUAUUUAAAUCAACCAAAGAAAACGAGCAUGGGCAUAUCCCCCUCUCCUGAAGUGCUUCGAUUGGUAGCAUCUUGUGUAGCUCCAGGUCCGCAUUUGUCAUCUAGUUCAGGCUUGACAAGUUCUAGCUUGCUUGAGAGCAAGCUGCCCUUGCCAAAAUCUGUCAACCAUGUAGAAUUUCUGGAUUCACAAGGUUAUGUGGAGAAAAAUAAGGAUAUGCAGCGCUUGCCUCCUAAUGCACAAGUCAUGCUCCCAGAAAACAAGCGACGCCAACCUGAUAGUUGUGAUUCUAGCAAGACUCGAUCAGAGCCUUCUGAGACUGAGCAGCCUGAUGUAGAGGAGAUAUCGUCUGAAGGAACUGUAUCGGAUCACCCUGUGAGUGAGCAAGAACAAUAGCUAUAGUACAAAAUGGAAUAUGGGACAUUAUUAUUCUUUCAGGCUACUGGAGUUCCAGGCUUUUCAGUUAUGCGCUCGAAUUUUGUAGGCAUCAUGUAAUGCGUGACAACUAGCGUACAUAGGAUCAUGUAGAACAUCUUGUGUAAAGUUACUGUAAGAGAAAAUGAAAUGCAGUGUUUCUGCUUGGUA